GGCUGACGCGGCCCCGGCGUUCCCUCCGCCCCCAAGAUGGCGGCGGCGCUGAGGGGCCGCGCGGGUGGGCUCGCAGCGCUGUGGCGGCUCCAGAGCCGGCGGCUCAGCUCCUUCGACGUGGCCGUGGUGGGCGCGGGGAUCGUGGGCCUGGCCGCAGCCCGGGAGCUCAUCCAGCGCCAUCCCUCGCUGGCCUUCGCCGUGCUGGAGAAGGAGCAGGAGCCGGCUCAUCACCAGAGCGGACACAACAGUGGUGUGAUCCACAGUGGGAUUUACUACACCCCUGGCUCCCUGAAGGCCAAGCUCUGCGUGCAGGGAGCAGCCCUCUGCUACAAAUACUGUGACCAGAAGGGAAUUCCCUACAACCAGUGUGGGAAGCUGAUUGUGGCUGUGGAACAUGAUGAAAUUCCAAGGCUCAAAGCCCUGUAUGAGAGGGGGCUGCAGAACAAUGUCCCGGGGCUGAAACUCAUCGGGGCCAAGGAAAUCCAGGAGAAGGAGCCCUUCUGCAGGGGUCUGAUGGCCCUUGAUUCUCCCUACACUGGGAUUGUGGAUUACAAACAAGUGGCCCAAUCCUACGCCAGAGACUUCCAGGAAGCAGGUGGGACAAUCUUGACUGGUUUCGAAGUCACAAACAUGGAGAUGGCCAAAGAAAGUUCUCCAGAAAGUGAAGAUGGACUGAAAUAUCCAGUCAUUGUUAGGAACAAAAAGGGUGAGGAGAUCUCCUGUGGGCACAUUUUGACCUGUGCAGGGCUUCACUCCGACCGCCUGUGUGAGAUCAGUGGCUGCAGCCCCGAGCCCCGGAUUGUCCCGUUCCGGGGGGAUUAUUUGGUGCUAAAGCCAGAAAAGUGUUACUUGGUUAAAGGAAAUAUUUAUCCAGUUCCCAAUCCUCGGUUCCCAUUCCUGGGAGUCCAUUUCACGCCCAGGAUGGAUGGCAGUGUUUGGCUUGGCCCUAAUGCAGUGUUGGCCUUUAAGAGAGAGGGCUACAGACUGUUGGACUUCAGCACUGGAGACUUUCUAGAUGCUGUAAGCUACAGUGGGCUGUGGAAGCUGGUGCUGAGGAACGUGUCCUACGGCCUGGGGGAGCUGUACAGAGCCUUUUCCCUCAGCGCCCAGCUGAAGCAGCUGCAGAAGUUCAUCCCUGAGGUCACCACCAAUGAUGUUCUCAGGGGUCCCUCUGGCGUGAGAGCUCAGGCUCUGGACAGCGACGGGAAUUUGGUGGAUGACUUUGUGUUCGAUGGAGGCACUGGGAACGUUGGGAGCAGGAUCCUGCACGUCAGGAACGCCCCUUCUCCCGCCGCCACCUCCUCCCUCGCCAUCGCCGCCGUGAUCGCCGACGAGGUGGAGCGGCGCUUCCAGCUGUGAGCGCCCGCCGGGAACGGGCACGUUCUGCCCCUCUGGAAUGUGGGGCUCUUCCUGAAGGACACGGAGCCACCAGGCAGCGUGGUGCUUGCCAGGGCAGCACCGGCACUUCUGGGCAGUGCCAAAGCAGCCUUGGGAAAUGUUCUCCUCUGCCCAGAACUCCUCAGUGUGGGGAGUGAAGGAGUUGCGGUGCCCGGUGUGGCGAGGAAGGUUUGGCCACCGGAGCAGGACCAGCCCGUGGGAGGGUCUCCAACCACGGGCAGAGCAGGGAGAGCCUCUGUGGUGGGAUUAUCCACGUGGAUUUCUCAUGCCUGUGGUCACAACAUUGCCUCCUCGCAGGUGGUCUGAAAAGCCACAGGCAUGGGGUGGCUCUCUGUGUGCUCUGAUUGCGUUUAAAUUGGAGUCUGCAGUCCUCUAGAUUACAUGGAAGUAAUGGAAUAGAAGGAUAAGCUCUGCUUAAGGGCCCUGCUGAUAGGGAAUUAAAGGCUUUAUCAGAGAUUGAGAACAAUAUUCAGAGCCUUCGACGUGAAUGUAGAGUAUUUCACAGAAAAAUAAGCCUAAAGAAGAUUCCCAAACCCAAGUCAAUUUAGAUCUGCAAUUCAGAUACUCUGUCUGAUCACUGUCUCUGUUUUUUAUAGAGCUGAAAUGGAAAUAUGGACAUAAACAACCACUUUUCAUUUAAUUUACAGCUGGGAAAUCAGCACUGAUCAGAAACUUCAUCAGUGGGUUUGGCUUUCUUCUUACCUUUGAAUGCUGGUAAUGCAAAAGGAGCUGAUCUUUGUCCAGCCAGUUGAGCAAUCCAGGGAAAAUGGUCUUUGUAACAGCAAAUGUGAAGGGAGGGAAGUUCCCGAAACCUGCCUAAAUUGAGUCAUGUUUGAUAUUGCUUCCCUUAGAGCCCAAACAAGGAUGAGUCAGGAAGGCUUCCCAUUUCCCCUGAGCACAGGGGGAGCUCAGACAGUGCUGGUGAUUCCUCUGAACUCCCGUGGUACUCAGUUUUUAUCAGAGAUACACCUGGAGGAGUCUGUGUGGAGACAGAUGUGAAGUAAGCUCGUGCUGAGGAUCUGGGAGUGUUCUGCAGAGUUGCUGUAAAACAGAAUUUAGUGGCCUCAGGGACAAAGUAUUGAGGAUUUUAUAGCAGAUGCUCACAGGAUGUUGGGUAACACAGAUAACUGUAGCCAGUUUGUACCAGGCAAUUGGACAUUGAUUUUUCCUUCAAAAGUUCAUUUCUGAGCUCCUCUGAUGGGACUGGGUUAUCACAGGAGGGCAGCUGUGGGCUGAUUUUUACUGUACAGAUUGGAGACACUUUUUUGAGGGAAAAAAGGGCUUAACCUGCCUUUUUUCUGUAUUUUUAUUUUUCAUUAAUUUUUUGUCCCGUGGCAUCUACUUCACCAGAGAAUUGGCUGCUGGAAAUUCAAAUAACCUUUUUCAGAGCAAAGCUUUGGUCACUUUAGGCAGAGAUUCCGCUCUUCCAAGUCUUCCAGAGCCACAGGGUUGUGUAAAACUUCCCACAGUGGAACAAUCCCACCCUCCCUCCCUGCCAGAAGUGUUGCCUAUCAACAGUGAAUCCUACAAAAGGAUUGCAAAAACAACUUCCUCCCACACGAGGUGUGGUCCUGACAUGUAUUAACAGCAUAAAGAACAUUAAAAUGCAAAGCAGACAGAGAGCAGGGGCAGUCCUAAGUCAGCAUUUCCCUGUGCAGCCUGUGGUGCUUUUUCCUCUCAGGUGAUGAUUGUUUGGGAGUAAAGUUUAUUUGAAACUGAAAUUAUGACUCUUGAUGUAGCAUUCUGUGAAGUAUAAAUCUUUUCAGAGAUAAAGGUUUUACACUUUUGUUAUAAAAAUAACUUCAGAGAUGAUGAUAUCAGGGUUUCAUGCAUCAAUCUUGUUGCUCACAAAGUGUGGAAAUGUAUUAAUUUAUUUUCCAAAUGGGUCUAACUCACUUUGAUGAUUUCAUAAAUGUGCCUUUUUCUAUUAUGAUUAAAAUAGUGUGGUGGAGUUUUUUUUAAA